GAAUUAUCCCAUUAUCCCGACAUCUCACUCCAAAAUGGGAAUUGGCAGGCGCGAGCUGACGAACGAUGAGCGCGAAGCCAUCCUCCGUGAAACGUUGCUGAAAAGUACUGACGGGUUCCCCACAAGGCUGCCGCGAGGAUUCGGCCCAUACUUGGCAAGCAAGUACCACUGCCAUGUGUCGUGCAUCCGCAAAGUGCUCGCUCGCGCCAAGGCUCAAGGGGUCGCCGAUGGCAACAUGAACGUGUCCGUGGCCAGUCUCAAGAAGGGCAAGGUCGGGCGGAAGCAUGCUUUUACGGAAGCAGAGAUAAUGGCAAAGCUUCUGCAAGUUCCUCUGGUCGAUCGAACGUCACUUCGAUCCAUCUCAGCUCACACAGGAAUUAGUCGUACGUCGUUGCAUCGCUACCUCAAGCUUGGAAGGCUCCAAUCAUAUGCAGCAGGAAUGGAAGCGUAAUCUUCACUUGCCAUGAAAGAGUACAUAUCAGUGCUCUCAUAUGUGCAACCAACCGUUCAAGUUAACGACCCCUACACGCCCAAACCCACUGCAAAGUCGUGGUUAAGCUUGCGUAUACUAACUACUAGUGCACUACUACUACUACUUCUA